CUUGCUAAAGAACAUGACCCAGCUCUUCUGUGUAGAAGCCACUGAGGGAGAGGAGCCCUGGUCCCCUUCAGCCCUCAAUGGCAGCUUGCAUAGCCUUCUACCAUCAGACUCCUCCCCUGGAGUAUACAACGAGGUGGUAGUGCCUGCCACUUACAGAAAUUUCCUGUACUGUGGUCCCAUCAGCAACAAGGCUGGAGCCCCACCCCUACGCAGGGGCCGGGAUGCUCCUCCCCGCCUGUGGUGUGUCCUGGGAGCCGCCCUGGAAAUGUUUGCAUCAGAGAGCAGCCCUGAACCCCUCAGCCUUCUCCAGCCCCAGGAUGUUGUAUGUCUGGGUGUAAGCCCCCCACCUGCUGAUCCAGGUGACCUUGACAGGUUUCCAUUUUCCUUUGAACUCAUCCUCACUGGGGGAAGAAUCCAGCAUUUUGCCACAGAUGGAGCAGACAGUCUGGAGGCCUGGAUCAGUGCAGUGGGCAAGUGGUUCUCCCCACUCAGCUGUCACCAGCUGCUGGGUCCUGGCGCCGGGCCCUGGUCCCCCAGCCCCUGAGGACAUGGUGCAUUUACGGCGUCUACAGGAGAUCAGUGUGGUCUCUGCAGCUGAAACUCCAGACAAAAAGGAGCAUUUGGUCCUGGUAGAGACAGGAAGGACCCUGUAUUUGCAGGGGGAAGGUCGGCUAGACUUUGCAGCAUGGAAUACAGCCAUUGGGGGUGCUGCUGGAGGGGGUGGCACAGGGCUGCAGGAGCAGCAGAUGAGCCGGGGAGACAUCCCUAUCAUUGUGGAUGCUUGCAUCAGUUUUGUAACACAGCAUGGGCUUCGGCUGGAAGGUGUAUAUCGGAAAGGGGGUGCUCGGGCCCGUAGCCUGCGACUCUUGGCUGAAUUUAGGAGGGAUGCCCGGUCAGUGAAGCUCCGACCACGGGAACACUUUGUAGAAGAUGUUACUGACACACUCAAACGCUUCUUUCGAGAGCUUGAUGACCCUGUGACCUCUGCUAGGUUGCUGCCUCGCUGGAGGGAGGCUGCAGAGCUUCCCCAGAAGAAUCAGCGCCUGGAGAAAUACAAAGAAGUGAUUGGCUGCCUGCCUCGAGUAAACCGCCGAACACUGGCCACCCUCAUCGGGCAUCUCUAUCGGGUACAGAAGUGUGCUGCUCUAAACCAGAUGUGCACACGAAACCUGGCCCUGCUGUUUGCACCUAGUGUGUUCCAGACGGAUGGGCGGGGAGAGCAUGAGGUGCGGAUACUACAGGAGCUCAUCGACGGCUACAUCUCUGUCUUUGAUAUUGACUCUGACCAGGCAGCUCAGAUCGACUUGGAGGUCAGUCUCAUCACCACCUGGAAGGAUGUGCAGUUGUCCCAGGCUGGAGACCUCAUCAUGGAGGUUUAUAUAGAACAGCAGCUCCCGGAUAAUUGUGUCACCCUAAAGGUGUCCCCAACACUGACUGCUGAGGAACUGAGUAACCAGGUGCUGGAGAUGCGAGGGACAACAUCAGGGACAGACUUGUGGGUGACAUUUGAAAUUCUUGAACACGGAGAGCUUGAGAGGCCACUGCACCCCAAAGAAAAGGUCCUAGAGCAGGCCCUGCAAUGGUGCCAGCUUCCAGAGCCCUGCUCAGCCUCUCUGCUUCUGAGAAAAGUCUCCAUGGCACACGCUGGCUGCCUUUUCACAGGAGUCCGGCGUGAGAGCCCACGGGUGGGGUUGCUACGGUGUCGUGAGGAGCCACCUCNCUUGUUGGGAAGCCGCUUCCAGGAGAGGUUCUUUUUGGUGCGUGGCCACUGCCUGCUGCUGCUCAAAGAAAAGAAGAGCUCUAAACCAGAACGGGAGUGGUCUCUGGAAGGUGCCAAGGUCUACCUGGGAAUCCGCAAGAAGUUAAAACCUCCAACACCGUGGGGCUUCACUUUGAUACUGGAUAAGAUGCAACUCUGUCUGUCCUGCACUGAUGAGGAUGAGAUGUGGGACUGGACCACAAGCAUUCUUAAAGCCCAGCAUGAUGACCAGCAGUCGGUGGUUUUACGUCGUCAUUCCUCCUCUGAUCUUGCUCGUCAGAAGUUUUCCACUAUGCCCUUGCUGCCCAUCCGAGGGGAUGAUAGUGGAGCCACUCUUCUCUCUGCCAAUCAGACCCUGCCAAUGAAGUCACCCCAGGGGUCUGUGGAGGAGCAAGAUGAGCUGGAGGAGCCUGUGUAUGAAGAGCCAGUGUAUGAGGAGGUCGGGGCUUUCCCUGAGCUUACCAAGGACACGGCCGCCUUCUCUUCCACAUGGGAGUGGACAGCCAAGUCAAAGACACCCCUUGCCAGCCACAGGUCCUUUGAUCAAACCCCUGUCUCCAAAGCAAGCCAGGAGGAGAAGACACCAGACUAUUCUCCAGGCCCCCCUUCAAAGAGCGGUCCUCAGGCACGGGGGUCCCUGGAGGAACAGCUGCUCCAGGAGCUCAACAACCUCAUCCUGAGGAAGGGAGAGCCUGCCACAUGUCCAGAAAGUCCUUCCCAGCCCACCAGUCCCCAAGCCCCCAGCGCCACCAGCAUUUCAACACAGGCACCCAGUUUACCUACCCAAACUCCCAACACUUCCAACCUAGCCUCCAGCCAGCCUCUCACAUGACCCCAGGCACCACUGGGAGCUGCUUUUGCCCUAGAUGGACGACUCUGGAAUCCAGUAUGGUACCAUGGAAGGAGCACUGGACUGAGAGCCCUGGAGACUGUGUGUCUCAGGGACCCAGCCCAUUUGUCUAUACUAUGAAGUCACUAAAAUAAGGAGAGGAGCAAACAGCAAACUUUGCUUCUGAGCUAGAAGUCCUAACAUUUUUCCUCAAUAAGAGCAGCUCCUGCUUUAUAUAUUUGAUAAAGUGUUUCAGUGAGAGGUCUGGGGGAUAAGGAUGUUGUACUGCAUUAAAGAAAAGCAUAAAUUUGGAAGCUAGAGAUAUGCAUGCGGUUCAGAUCUUCUUAUUCUGCUUCCCAUGUACUGGAACUACCCUCAGGCCCUAGAGUGGGGUGAUCGAUUGAGGUUGGGAACUGGGGCAAAGGGGAGCCAAAAAAGAAUGGGUCUCUAUUAAUAAACUUUGGAACCAAAAGGC